AUGUAUACAACGGCGUCAGUGUUCCUGGCCACUCUAUCGCGAGUAGGAGUGACCCACAUUUUCGCGAACUGGGGAAAUGACCAUCCUGCCUUCCUCGAAGAGCUGGAGAGGCAGCGGGCAGAGGAAGGGAAACCUCUGCUGGAUGUCGUGACAUGCCCAAACGAGAUGGUAGCGCUGAGUGCAGCGCAAGGGUAUGCGUCUGUCACAGGGAAGCCCGCAGCGGUGAUUGUACAUGUCGAUGUCGGGACGCAGGCCCUGGCCGGUGCAGUACACAAUGUGGAUAAAGGCCAGGCCCCCGUCAUCAUCUUUGCAGGGGCAUCACCAUUCUCCGUGAGCGGUGAGCUCAAAGGCUCGAAGAACGAGUGGCCUAUGUGGGGACAGGAUGUACCGGACCAACCUGCUAUCGUGCGACAAUAUAUGCGACACACUGCCCAGAUCAUGAGUGGCAAAACUACCGCGAAGCAACUUAUGCGCGCAUGGCAAUUCGCGACAAGUGGGCCUCAGGGACCGGUCUAUUUGUGGGCAAGACGCGAAACAUUGCAAGAGGAAGUCAGCGAUGCGAUAUUCAAGUCACAGCUAGAUCUCACAAAGUGGCCUAGUAUCCAGCCCGGGGGGCUGUCGCCAAUCGCUGUGGAGCGAAUUGUUGGAGCGCUAUCGUCAGCAAAUUUCCCUCUCAUCAUCGCCGCCAAUUCUGGUCGCAAUCCUCGCACUGUGCCGCUUUUGACCGCUCUCUGCCAAUUGCGCUCUAUUGCAGUGUAUACAUCCGUCUGUGCAGCCCUAUGUAUCCCCCACAAUGAGCCGUACCUCAUCGGCUCGUCGGUCGAUGGUAAAAACGCUUUCCUCGAGUUAGCCGACGUCGUCAUCCUGCUCGAAGUCGGUGUACCUUGGAUUGAAGCCACGGGCACCAAACUUCGCGACGGCGCCCGGGUGUUCAUUAUCGACUCGGACCCACUGAAGCACAACUAUGGCUGGUCGCACGUCGAUGCCGAGAUGAUCUGCACUGCAGAUGCAGAGACUGCACUCGGGCAGCUCGUCGAUGCCAUCCGCACAGCCGACCUGUCCGCUGCUAACACACAGGUCGUGGCCCAGGUAGCCGAGCGCCGCACGCGCAUCCAGGCCUUGCACGACAAGUGGAUGAGCGACCUUGCCGCCGCUGAGGCCGUGCAGAGCGUGGCAGGUGGUAUACCUUCCGUGCACUUCAUCCUCGGCGCUCUGCGAGACGCGGUCGUGUCGCAGACGCCGAGCCGCGGUGAGAAGGUGCUCUGGCUGAACGAGGCGAUCAGCAAGCACGGCGAAGUUUGGAAUCAUAUACAGCCCGUGCACCCCGGCAGCAUGAUCACGUCAGGGGCAUCGAGCCUCGGCUGGGCGCUCGGCGCCGCAGUGGGAGCUCGUCUCGGCGCGCAGGUGGCUGGGAUCGACUAUGACCUGGUGGCUGCCGUAGUUGGCGACGGGACCUUUCUGUUCGGCGUACCCAGCACGGCGUACUGGAUGGCGAGGAGGUACAACACGCCUUUCUUGACGGUGAUCUUUAACAACGGAGGUUGGGCAUCCCCACGCGCGUCAUUGCUAGGCAUGCACCCUGACGGGUUAGGGAGCAAGGUAUCCGGGCGGCAGCUUUCCGUAGGGUUUGGCCCGGAGCCAGAGAUGCCAGACUAUGCUCAGAUCGCGGUCGCUGCCGGUGGCGCAUGGGGGCGCCGCGUCGAGCACGCAGAUGAGAUCCGCGCGGUGCUCGAGGAGGCAGUCCGGGUCGUAGUGCAAGAGAAAAGAAGUGCAGUGGUAGAUUGUGUCAUCGAGCAGAUCUAA